UAUAGUAUACUUCUUCUUCUUACAUUACCAAAAAUGGAUUCUUCCAAGCUGUUGGGUCUUAUAUCCAUGAUUCUCUUGUUACUUCUGCCUAUGGUUACCAAAGGAGAUUCCAUUGAUGAUCCUAAUAAUGAUUUCCUUGAUAGGGUUUGUGAAGAAGUCGAUUGUGGGAGAGGAAGGUGCUUCGUGAAUACGAGUUUACCUUUGAGCUUCGCUUGUGAAUGCGAAUCCGGAUGGAAGAGAACUCAAGAUGAAGAUGAUGAUUUAUAUGCCACUAGCUUCCUUCCUUGUGUCAUUCCCGAAUGUAGUUUGAAUUAUGGUUGCCAACAAGCACCAAGUCCGGUUAGAGAGAAGAGUGUCCCUAACAAUAUUAGGGCUUAUGAUCCUUGCAAUUGGGCAUAUUGUGGAGAAGGUAGAUGCAUAAGGAACAGGACACAUACACUCAUGUACAUGUGUGAAUGCAAUCACAAGUAUUAUAAUCUUCUUGAUAUAUCUGUUUUCCCAUGUUACAGUAAAUGUACUCUUGGAUCUGAUUGUUCAAGCCUUGGAAUUAGAGUUUCAAAUUCAACUGCAAAUUUUGAAAAUGAUGCAAGCUCAACAAUCUUUGGAGGAAGGUUCUAUUGGAUAAUUGUUUUGUUGAUGUCAACUGGCAUGGUUAUGUGGAGCUAGUUAGAUGAGAGAUUGUGUGUGUCUUUGUGCUGAACUUCAUGAUUAUUGGAAGUUUGAUGUGAAUUAGUCUAAUUUUGUGAGUUCUUUAUUUAAUUGUUGUGAUUUUUGUGUAAAAUAAAUAUAUAGUUUUGUUAUAGCCUAUAAAAAUAAAGCACUGAUUCAGUGAUCGGAGAAGAUGACGGAGAAGAUGACUGUUGUAUCAUACUAUAUGAUAUAUUUAAUUUGUAUACGCACUAAUAUACUCAUGUACUCUCGUACCUUUUAUAUAUAUUAAUUAGUUAAUGUG